AUGGAGUUGAAGAUUGUAACUAGGAAUUUCAGUUCUAAGGUGGGUAGUGGAGGAUUCGGCACGGUGUUCAAAGGACACCUAAUAGACUGUACACUUGUGGCCGUAAAGAAAAUGGAUGGUUCUAGACAAGAUGAGAAGCAAUUCCGAGCGGAAAUCAGUUCUCUUGGUAACAUACACCAUGCGAAUUUGGUCAGGCUUCGAGGGUUUUGCGCGGGAGGGUCGAGAAGGUUUCUGAUUUAUGAUUACAUGCCCAACGGCUCUCUGAAUUCCUUACUCUUCACAAAUAAUUCCGAAAGUAAACAGAAGGUACUCGACUGGAAGAUCCGAUUUAAGAUCGCGUUAGGCACCGCAAGAGGAUUACUUUAUCUCUACGAAGAAUGCAGAGAUUGCAUCAUUCACUGCGAUGUGAAGCCAGAAAAUGUUCUGUUCGACGGUAAUUUGUCACCCAAGUUGGCCGAUUUUGGGUUGGCAAAGCUUAUGGGUAGAGAUUUCAGCCGCGUCCUGACCACAACGAGAGGAACGAGAGGGUAUUUGGCUCCAGAAUGGAUCUCCGGCCUUCCCAUCACUUCCAAGGUUGAUGUAUACAGUUUUGGUAUGACGCUCUUGGAGAUCAUUUCCGGCCGAAGGAAUCUCGAUUUAACUGUGCAAGAUUCCAGACAGUAUUACUUUCCAGCGUGGGUUGCAACACAAAUUUAUAAUGGGAACGUGAUUAAUAUUGUGGAGGAGGGUAUUGCAGAGGAGAGAGAUCUUGAAGAAGUGAGAACAGCAUGCAUUGUAGGGUUGUUAUGCAUUGAAAAGGAUGAGGAGGUGAGGCCAAGCAUGAGGCAAGUGGUGCUUAUGCUUGAAGGGAAGAUGCAGCCGCAAAUUCCGCAGAUUGAGCGCUGUGCGCUAACGGACAAGCAACCAGGACUAAGCAACACUGACAACGAUAGCGAAAGGUGA